AGAGUCCAGUGAAAGUACGCUGCGAUCCCGGCAAGAUGCUGGCCCACUCCGCCCAUGUGAUGACGCUGGCCAACAGCAUCAUUGGCGUCGGCAUCCUGGCCAUGCCCUUCUGCUUCCAGAAGUGCGGCAUCCUGCUGUCCAUCCUCCUCCUGGUGCUGAGCAACGGCAUCACCCGGGUGUGCUGCCACUAUCUCAUCAAAACCUCGCUGCUGACACGUAGGAAGAGCUUCGAGAUGCUCGGCCUCCACGCCUUCGGCCCCUCCGGCAAGCUGCUGGUGGAGCUGUGCAUCAUUGGCUACCUGAUUGGGACGUGCAUCACGUACUUUGUGGUCGUUGGCGAUCUGGGGCCGCAGAUAAUCGCCAAGAUAUUCACUCUAAACGUGGCGGAUCACCUGCAUCUGCGGAGUUUGGUGAUGAUCGUGGUCACGGUGGUCUGCAUAGUGCCCCUCGGCAUGCUCCGCAACGUGGACAGUUUGUCCGCCGUGUGCACCGCCUCCAUAGGCUUCUAUGUUUGCCUUAUCCUGAAGAUCGUCCUGGAGGCCCAGCCCCACAUUUCGGCCAACGACUGGACGGAGAAGGUGCUCUACUGGGAGCCGGCGGGCGUGCUCCAGUGCCUGCCCAUCUUCAGCAUGGCGCUCUCCUGCCAAAUGCAACUGUUUGAGGUCUUCGAGAGCAUAAACAACCAGAGUCUAGACAAGCUCAACGGCAUUGUGCGCAAUGCCACCUGGAUCUGUACCUUUGUUUACAUAUCCGUUGGCUUUUUCGGAUAUGUGGCCUUCUGUACGCACACCUUUUCGGGCAACAUUCUGGUGAAUUUAUCGACCUCCUUUGGCAGCGAUAUCAUCAAAAUUGGCUUCGUGCUGUCGAUUGCUUUCAGCUUUCCCUUGGUUAUCUUUCCCUGCAGGGCCAGUCUCUAUUCGCUGCUAUACAGAAAGGGUCACUCGGAGAGCAGCAGCUACAUACCUGAGCAACGUUUCCGUUUUAUCACUAUCUUCAUUGUUGUCUUUUCGCUAUGCGUGGCACUGGUUAUCCCCUCGGUGGAGCUGAUCAUUGGUUUGGUGGGCUCCACUAUUGGCGUGGCCAUUUGUAUUAUGUUUCCAGCCUCCAGUUUUCGCAAGAUCAUCAAAAAGGAAUCCAUGGAACGCACGCUAGCGCAGUUUGUAUUCGUCAGUGGAUUUCUCCUGAUGAUCCUGGGCACUUAUGCCAACCUGAGUGCUAUUGAUGAGAAGAGCUCGGGACCGGAGUUCGAUAUGGUUCCGAUAGUUACGCCUCUGUAUCCCGAAGGUCAAGUUUCCGCUGUCGUCGGCGAGCUACCCAAACAUUUGGCCAAAGAUCCGAUUGAAAUCGAACAGAACGUAUUGCUGAAAAAACUCGAAGUCCAGAAUCCAGAGUUAGUUAAAGAAACUGUCGAAGAGAAGGCAGUUGACAAGCCAAAGGUAGUGCAAACCGCCUCCUCCGACAACCCACCGUUGCCUCCACUGCCCAUCGAUGAACUCCAUGUAGUUCCCCUAGAAAGUAAUAGUGCUGCAAUUGACCCUAAAAAACUAUUAAAUGCGGCAAUAGAAGUAAACCCACCAGAAGCCAAACCAGUCGAUGUUAACCUCACAGUGGAUAAACCCAAGGAGAAUCCACCUGCUGUUCUUGCAGCUCUGUUGGAUACUCCAAAAGAAGGAUUAUCAGCAAGCAAUACAAUUGAUGGAGCGGCCAUCAAGAAAGAAGAGGAUGUGGCCGCCGAGGAGCAAAAGGAAAGUAAGGCUAGUGCGGAUGAGCUGCUCAAGACGCAGAAAGAACUGAAAGAGACGAAGAAACUGCUGGCCAAAACAGUGGGCGAGUUAAACGAAGAGCUGGCCAAAAAGAGUCCACUCAGUCAGCCAGCUUUGGAGUCAGAGAAGAAAGAGCCAUUGGAGACUAUUGGUAAAGUUGAAGAAGAGGUGAAAUUGCUUAAAGAGUCGCCACCUGUUGCUAAGGAAAAGGAGGAGCGCCGGCCCAAGGCAUCAUUAAUGGACAUACUCACGGAAAAUACUCAUUUGCGCGAUGAGAAAGAAGCACAUGCCGGCGUCUUCGAACCGCUGUCCUACAAAACCGGAGAGCUACUCGGGAACGCGAGCGUAGACAGAGCAGCUCUGAUCAAGCGAUUGCCCAUUCCACUGGCUCUCAUGGUGAAUGCAACUCAGCCAAAGGCAAUAAAUGACUCUGAGAUAAAGAAACCCAACCUCGAGGACAACGUGGAGGCCAUUCGCCGUGAGCUGCUGAACCUCCGAGCUUCUGGAGAUCCUACAGAGCAACCACCGGCGAGGGUUAAACGUGAGGCCUCCAACGAGGAGAACUGCCUGCGCCAGCCCAAGCUGGAUGAAGUGAAUAACAAUCUAGCCGCAGCUGCCUUGAGCUUGAACAUGGAGAGUAUAGGACGCGAUCUCAAGUCCAUCAAAGAUGACGAUGCCGAGAUAACCACUGAAAACGAAUCCUACCAAGCGAGUCCAAACGGAACUCAAGCCCCGCUGCUUACGUAAUGUGGAUAGUCUACAAGUUAUGCAAAGCUUUAUGUACAUAAACUUUACACGUAUUUAUUUAGUUUAUAAGAGAUUGUAGACUAGGAGUAUAUACAAAUAUAUACAGCUCAUAUGACUUG